AUGGAGUUAUCAUGGGGAAGAGAUAAUAUGAAUUGGGAAGUAUUCUGCAAGAAGCCAAAUUUCAUUCAGCAUCAAGAAACACAUAUAGGGAAAAAAGUCUAUAAAAUUAAUCAGUGUGCUACUGGAUUUUGCAAGAAGCCAAAGCUUCCUACAUAUCAGAAAACAGAUAUAAGAGAAAAACUCUAUGAGUGUAGUGAAUGUGGGAAAACCUUCAGCCAUAAAUCAUCUCUCAUCCUACAUCAGAGGAUACACAGAGGGGAGAAACCCUAUGAAGGCACCAAAUGUGGGAAAACCUUUGGGUAUAGGUCAGGCCUCACAGUACAUCAGAGAACACACACAGGGGAGAAACCCUAUGAAUGUAAUGAACGUGGAAAAAAUUUCUGUGAGAAAUCAAAUCUCUGUGUACAUCAGCGAACACACACAGGAGAGAAACCCUAUGUGUGUAAUGAAUGUCAGAAAACCUUCAGUGAUAGGUCAGCUCUCACAGUACAUAAGAGAAUACAUACCGGGGAGAAACCCUAUGAAUGUAGGGAAUGUGGGAAAACUUUCUCCCAGAAGCCAAACUUCAUUAAUCAUCAGAGGACUCACACAGGAGAGAAACCCUAUGGAUGUCACAAAUGUGGAAAAUCCUUCUCUGUGAAGUCAAAACUGAGGGAGCAUCAGAAAACACACAGAGGAGAGAAGUCUUAUAAAUGUAAUGAGUGUGGGAAAACUUUCUACCGUAAGUCAUCCCUCACAGUACAUCAGAGCACCGACACAGGGGAGAAACCCUAUGAAUGUAACCAAUGUGGGAGAACCUUCUAUCAGAGAACACACUAG